UUGAGACUUCACUCGUGACUCGCGAACAUGGCCGGUGGUGUGCAGCGCAGGGUGCCAAAGAGGAGAAUGCCCUUUCUCGACCGACGAGAAAACCGCCGGACCACACGGCAUGGUCCCAUUCCCUGUGGAGUCGAGAAACGGGGCCCUUCGGUCACUUCGCCCUCAAUGCGACGGCACCAAGUAGCCCAGCCCGCUGCUUACAGUGCUUAGCGAAGAUGGUGCCUGGCAUUGACCCUUUAAAUUUGGGUUGGAUGUGGUGGAUCGCGGCUAGCUGUGCCCGAGGGAUGCGUUCAUCGCCCUCGUCGGUCUACGGGUCAGUUGCUGACGAUUGACCAUUGCCUUGGUCUACGUCGGACUAUUUGAAGUGGCUGAUACCCGCACACUACUGCCUAGUCUCUUGAGAGGGCUUUCGCGAUGGUGUCGUCUCGUUUAACCAGCCCCCGGCCCUCAAGAUGAGGUUUUCAAUCGCCAGCAUCAUCGUCCUAAUUACCCCGCUGACGCUCGCCGCCGACUCCCUUGAGUAUAAGGCAACACCAGCGGGACAGGUUAUCAAAGAUGGUGUCAAGCUGAGAAUACUUCCUGUGGGUGAUUCCAUCACUGUGGGAUAUCUGAGCAGCGAUGGAAAUGGCUACAGGCUCAAACUUGAUGAGGACCUUUCUGCCAACGAAGUUGUAUUCGCCGGUACAGUCUACGGUGGCAAUAUGAGCGAUGGAUACUAUGCUGCUUGGUCUGGGAAAACGAUCAAGUACAUCGCCGACAACGUAGGCCCAUCCCUGGUACAAAGGCCCAACAUAAUUCUCCUCCACGCCGGCACCAACGACAUGAACCCAAACUCGGCAGUCUCCACCGAAGGCAAUGACCCGGCGGCCGCCGCCGAGCGACUGGGCUCCCUCAUCGACCAAAUGAUCACCGCGUGCCCCGAUGCCACCAUCCUUGUUGCCGUGAUCGUCGACACAUGCAGCGCCGAACAGGAAGCCGCAACGGUCGCGUACCAGAAACUUAUCCCGGGCAUCGUCGAGCAGCGCAGAAACGCCAGCCAUCACGUCUUGGCUGUGGACUUUGCGGCUUUGGGUACCGGCAUUCUGAGAGACGAUUGCAUUCAUCCAACGGAUGAGGGUUACCGUACGAUGGGUGACUAUUGGUACGACUUUAUUACGCAAAUUCCCAAGGACUGGGUCACUCAGCCGAUAGGCGAUGACCCGGAUCGGUCGAAGGAUGAGGCUGCACGCGCGAGUAAGAGUGUGUCCACCAGCGGCGCCGUCAGCUUGUCUUCCCAAAGCUGGGCAAUGAUUCUAAUGAUGCAGUUGAUUCUAACUGUCAGUUUAAUGUGUCAAUGAAUUAAAGUAAUAUGAUAGUCAUGAAGGAGCG